AUGGAACGAUUCCUUUCCACCAGAAACUUGCACGCUCACUACAUACGUGGGAUACAAGAAUAUUUACAUAAGAACAACAUCGGUGUAGGGUUGCCACAUAUAUGCAUCGCGGCAGAAGGUUUGUACGAAAACACAAUUUUACAUUUACGGUAUAAUAAUAUUGUGUACUGGAGAACAAGAGAUCGGAAAAACGAUGUUGGAUUCACUUGGAUGGAGGGACAACAUGACACGCGGAGACACUUGCUGGAAAAUAAAAAAAUCCCUGCAUGGAGUAAGAGUCACAACCCUAGACUCUACCAUGAAUGCAUACACAGCCGCAAGGGAACCUAUCACAUGUCACCGAGAAGAGAUGCACCUUCGCUUGAAAGCUGCUAUUAUUACAAGCAGAUCUACAAAUUUACUUUUAUUGCUUAG